UACGGCAAAUUGACUCCAGCGUGCAUCUUGACAGCAGUGCACACAUACUCGGGAUGCUCGGGUGCUUCGCCAUGACACUGCUUAUGCUUCCUCUCAUCAUAGCAGGCCUCAAUGGUGACACGGACAAUUUGCAGCUCAUGUUUCCGUGCGACAAUUCCGUGUGUUAUCACUUUUGGAGAUUCAGCACAAAAAUCCGGCGCAUCGACGUUGCGAUAACAAGUAACGGACAGAUGAUGGAAUCUACAGGAGACAACAACCAGGAUAUAAAAUGUAGCGAGAAGCUCCGACGUCUGACGGACGACACCAUUGGCUUGCAUUACUGCAAAAUAACAGAGAACGCCUUCGUGCCACAAAAUGAAGUUCCUGAAUUCAAAGUGGCGCCGGGCUUUGGCGUAUCUUUCCAGUGCACUCUGGUGCACUUCUUGACGCUGCGCCAUUGCCUCAUCUCGGACCGGUCCAGCGUCCGUUUGAUGUGGGUGGACCAAGAUGGCCGGGAAGUCCGCGACAACUCCAACUAUCACAUAUCGCAAAGGUCCCAGUGCGACGUCACCUUGACUGUCACCUUGCAAGCUCCUGGGAGCGAGGCGUUCAGGUGCCUGGCUCGCGUGGGAAAAUCUCCUGGAAACUCCUGGAUUUCGGCGGCGAUGCGAGUCCAAGUACUAGUUCCCAAAAUGAAGGGAAAGGGAAGAGGAAACUUCAAUUUAGAUGACGUAGAACCUCAGGGCGGCAGCCGCUACCAAGUCGGCGUGAUAUUGGCGGUGUUGGCGUUGGCCGUGUUGACCGCCUUGGCUGCCAUGUUUGUCGUGGUCAGGCGACGAAAGGCAGCGAACUUGUCCAUAACCGCCUGUCCCACGCCAGUUCGCAACCAUGCGGCGGACGACGUCAUUUAUGCCGAUGUGGUCUUCCCCGUUGGCGCAGAUCAAAUUUCUUUCACUCAGGGCCAAGAUACGGAAUACGCCUGCGUUCGCUACCGGUAGUCAACUUGUUUUUUUUCGUUUUUGGAUUCAUCAGGUUUUCUUGCCGUUUGAAUGUACAUAGCAGCUGUUAAAGUAUCUUGCGUAUAUAAAUAGUCUACCUCAACAAAUACUAC